UUCACUUCCUUUGUCUGGAGGAGGGCGUGGGGGGAAGGGGCGCAGGAGAGAGGAGGGGCCCCGAUGCCGGUACCAGCGCCCCCGCCCCUGAGCAGGGUGUCGAGCCCGACUGUCACUCGGCUCCCGCGCCGGGAGCAGCCUCCGGGCCAGCACGCGCGCCGUUCACGCACUCCCCCGGGGUGCCCGCACCGGGCCCUGCGGGGCGCGUCGAGCUGGGGAGGGCUCCGUGGGUGUCCGGGCAGCUGGGUGACCUUGGGUGCCAGCCUCGUGCCCCUCGGUGCCCGUCCGCUGAUGUGCCCGGCCUGUGCUCGCCAUGUCGCCUUCCAUCUCGGCCUUCCAGGCCGCCUACAUCGGCAUCGAGGUGCUCAUCGCCCUGGUCUCCGUGCCCGGGAACGUGCUGGUGAUCUGGGCAGUGAAGGUGAACCAGGCGCUGCGCGAUGCCACCUUCUGCUUCAUCGUGUCGCUGGCGGUAGCUGACGUGGCGGUGGGCGCCCUGGUCAUCCCCCUCGCCAUCCUCAUCAACAUCGGGCCGCGGACCUACUUUCACACCUGCCUCAUGGUCGCCUGCCCUGUCCUUAUCCUAACCCAGAGCUCCAUCCUGGCCCUGCUGGCCAUCGCCGUGGACCGCUACCUACGGGUCAAGAUCCCGCUCAGGUACAAGACGGUGGUGACGCCCCGACGGGCUGCGGUGGCCAUUGCCAUUUGCUGGAUCCUCUCCUUUGUGGUGGGGCUGACACCCAUGUUUGGCUGGAACAACUUGCAGGAGGUGGAGAGGACCUGGAAGGCCAAUGGCAGCACGGGCGAGCCAGUGAUCAAGUGUGAGUUUGAGAAGGUCAUCAGCAUGGAGUACAUGGUCUACUUCAACUUCUUCGUCUGGGUGCUGCCCCCACUGCUUCUCAUGGUCCUCAUCUACCUGGAGGUCUUCUACCUGAUCCGCAAGCAGCUGAGCAAGAAGGUGGGCGCCUCCUCGGGGGACCCGCAGAAGUACUACGGCAAGGAGCUGAAGAUCGCCAAGUCUCUGGCCCUCAUCCUCUUCCUUUUUGCCCUGAGCUGGCUGCCCCUGCAUAUCCUGAACUGCAUUACCCUCUUCUGCCCUUCCUGUCACAAGCCCAGCAUCCUUAUCUACAUCGCCAUCUUCCUCACGCAUGGCAACUCCGCCAUGAACCCCAUCGUCUAUGCUUUCCGUAUCCAGAAGUUCCAGGUCACCUUCCUCAAGAUCUGGAAUGACCAUUUCCGCUGCCGGCCCACACCGCCCGUGGAUGAGGACCCUGAGGAGAGGCCUGAUGACUAGAUCCCAUUCCCCACCCCAGUUGCCCACACCCGGGCUUUCAGCCCAUCCACAUGUUCCUCUGUCCAACUGGUCCCUCCGACCCCCACCGGAACCCUCCCUGUCUAGGCUGUGUUCUGCAGACGCCUGCACCUGUGCGUCCUGGCAGAGGUGUGGGAGGGUCACCUGUGGGGAAGGAACCCAGCGCCCCCUCCAGCUGCCUGAGCACCUCGUGUCCACAGCAGGAUGAGGCUGGCCGAUUGAGCUCGGGGCCUACCCUGGCAGGGUGGUGACUGCCCGAGGUGGAGAUACAGCAGGAGGAGAGGGUCCCUCCAAGCGGGAGGUGAGAAUGGAGAUAUCCUAACACUUCUUUCUCCCCUGGGUGUAGGAAAGAGUGGCCAGAGCAGUUGAGGCACAGGAAUCAGGGGUUACCAGUCAUGCCCCUGUGCUGCUCCCCCGGAUUUGCCAACCCCCUGUGCUCCAGUCAUGCUGGGUGCUGUGGUGCCAACUGGAAAGCAGGGAUUACACUGGGGAGAAGCAGAAAGACUAGGUCCAGAGUCAUUUCCAGCAUCGCUUUAUUGUCCACCAGCCCCUGAAGGCCUUAGUGAAGAGGUAGGGCCGGGCUGCAGGUGGCCGCCAGGGGGCAGUGACGAGCGCAGACUGGCCCUUUGUGUCCAGAUCCUCCUGCAGCUACAUCAAUGUCUGAGCUGGACCCUCCCAGUGCCCUCUGCUCUGAAGCACAUUCCGUUUGCCAGGGAAGGGAACUGAUGGGGGCCAUUUUGGGGAACAGGAGGAAGGACACGGCUCCCCUGGCUGGGAGAUGCCCCACUUCCCCUGCAUGUAGCACUUUCCAGGGAUCCUGGCGUUUUGGGGUAGAGUCUGGCAUCAAAGCACCUGACCCCUGCCAAGUCCGGAGCUCCAGCUGGGAGGGUAGGGUGAGGUGGGAUGGGGUCCCAGGGCCAUGAGCAACUCCAGCUCUAUUCUGAGUCCUUCCCUUUGUGGAGGGAUCUUGCUCCCAGAAGGGCGGUGAUGAAUAAAAGACUGAACAUCUGGA